AUGCUGAGACAAUAUUCAUUUGUGGCUAUUCUUAGUUUGAUUCUGAACGAAAUGUGUGCUCAUUCUACCUUUUGUGAUCAUAGGCUUGGCAAUCCAUUUCGAUAUAUUCUUGACUAUGAUUUUAUGAUCUUAUUUAGGGACGAAACCAUUAAUAUUAAAGGAAAGAUGGCGAAAUGGAAAGAUUUAUUCACACUAAAGCUAAUGGUCCCAAGCAGCUCCGGCUCCGAGCCAAUCGCGCCGCCAUUUAACUCUUUCGCGAGCACCAAUACGAUAAACAAAGCAUUGACACCUAAUCGGCAACUGGGAGAGCUACUUCGUACAGUUGACCCCAAGUUCUGCUUUCAGCCGGCCGUAGAGGAGUUGCUCCUGAACAUGGCAUCGGACUUCGUGCAGGACGUGGUAGAAUUCUCAGGUAAACUGGCUAAACAUCGACGAAGUAUAACGCUGGAACCACGCGACUUGCAGUUUUGUCUGGCCAAGAACUACGGUAUCUCGUUGGCUGGUGUACUUCCCGCCACGGCUACAGGCGGAUUAUUAAGGCCGCUCGGCCAGGACCUGCUGGUGCGAGCGCGACCAGCCAAGAACUCGAUGCAUAUGCAUCGGAUGGCACUGAAGCGCAAUUCACAGCAAAAUAUAAAGACCAAGCUUAAGACCGCACACGCAGUUAAAGCUACUGAAAAUGGUAAGAAAGUGAUGCGCAAGGCCAGUGUGACCAAGUAA